AGGGGCGGGGCGCGCGGCGCCGCACGCACGGGGAGGGCCGGGUACGCGGCGGCUCGAGCCUCCCGCGCCCACCGGAGCGGGGGCACCCGGCGGGGCGGGGCCGCGGCACGACUGCACCAAGAUGACACCAGCAACUCGACAAGAAGUUCUUGGCCUUUACCGCAAGGUUUUGCGUAUAGCCAAAAACUGGCAGUCGGCAUCAGGACAGAUAGAGGAAACCAUGAGAGAGAAAGAGUACAUUAGAAAUGAAGCCAGAACAUUAUUCCGAAAAAACAAAAACGUAACAGAUCCAAAGCUGAUUAAGCAGUGCAUAGAAGAAUGUGAGGCAAGAAUAGAAAUUGGACUUCACUAUAACAUCCCCUACCCGAGACCUAUCCAUCUGCCUCCUAUGGGCCUUGCCCAUAAACAAGGCCGUACAUUGCGACACCAGGAAAAGUUAAGGAAGAUUUCUAAGCCAAUAUACCUGAAAUCCCAUGAUGAGAUUUCAUAAGCCACCAUUUAAGCUGUGAUAUGUAAUCACAUCCUUUAAACUGUGAACUGCAAUCCAGGUGAUUUGUGUGCAUGACUGUGAAUGUUGUGGUCACUUGCUCACACAUUUCCUGAGGCCAAAAAGCCAAUUGAUCCAUUGUGUAUGAUGGAUGUGGUUGGUUUAGUAUUUAUUACAUUUCAACCACUGACUUGUCAAUAAAAGUAACACUUUUUAAAGA